AUGAGCAGUAAAAAAAAGAAUAUACGUAAAAAAAAUUUUGAUGAAAAAGAAGCGACAAUUGAAGAUAAAAAAAUCGACGUUAAAAUUCAAGAUUUUAAAAAAAAAUCUAUAAAUCCAAAUGUUAGAUUAGUGACACAUUUAAGUUUUUUUGAUGAGAUAGAUCAUGAAGUAUCAGGUCAUUGUACAGGUUUUGAAGGCGUUAAACGUAAUCCACAAUUAAUAAUUGCAUCAGAUAAACUUGAAUUAAGAACAACUCAGGAAUCAGGAAGAGGGAUUUAUGCUUUAGAAAAUAUAAAACCUGGUAAUCUUAUAAUGAUAGAUUAUCCAUAUAUAGCAGUGGUAGAUGAUGAAAACCUUGCAAAAUUUUGUAGUAAUUGCUUUUCAAAAAGUGAAAAAAUAUUACGUUGUGCAUCCUGUAAUAUGAAUUGUUAUUGUUCUAAGGAAUGUCAACGUAAAGAUUGGAUAUUUCAUCAACAAGAAUGUAAAACAGUCAAAAAGGUUCAAAGAAAGCCACCUACUAUAAUCCGUUUAAUCAGUAGAAUUCUUAUGCGUAGAAAAAAUGAACCAGACACCUCUAAAGAAGUCAAUAAUUUACUUAGCAACAGGGAAUUAUUUAAACAAGAGAAAAUUGAAGAUUUUGGUGAAAUGAGUAUAUUAGUUAAACAAUAUAUUACUCGUGAUGCAAUAAUAUCAGCCAAAGAUUUGAUCGAAUUAUUUUGUAGGGUGAUAGAAAAUAGCUUUUCAAUUUUAGAUGAUGAGCUGGUAACAAUUGGAGUAGGAAUUUAUAUGAAUACAGCAUUACUAAAUCAUUCUUGCGCAUCAAAUUGUAUUGUAGUGUUUGAAAACUCAAAAUUAUUGGUUAAAUGUAUUAAAGAAAUUAAAAAAAAUCAAGAAAUUACAAUAAAUUAUUCUGAUACACUGCAACCUAAUAUUGAAAGAAGAAAAGAUUUACGAGAACGAUAUUUUUUCUUGUGUAAAUGUGAGUUAUGUGAAUAUUAUAAGAUGGAAAUAGAAGAGUUUUCUUUUAAUUGUUCAAAAUGUGGAGUUCUAAUAAAGUAUGAUGUUGCGCAGAUUGAAAGUAAAAUAUCUAAAUCUUUGGAAUUGUACAGAAAAGCUACAAUGAACGGAAAUUUUAAUUUAAUACAAACAAUAAAAUCAUUAAUUCAAACAAAUUGUGCAUUAAAAAACUGGAAAUUAGCACUAAAAUAUAAUAUGAUUUUAUUAAAUAGUUAUAAAAUUCUGUUGCCUGAUACACACCCAUUAAUUGGAUUACAAUUAUAUUCUAUUGGUAAAAUUAGUUUACAAAUUAUUGAUAUCAAAGAUGAAGAAAAAAACAAUGAUGUGGAUACUGAUUUUGAUAAGAAAAAAAAUGAUGACGAUGAUGUUAGUGAAUUAGAAAAAAAUUUCUUUUGGAUUAAAGAAUCAAAUACGAAAAUUUUGUUUAGAUAA